UCAGUUAUCAUGUGGCACGUACAGACAUAUUCAUAUCUGAUUGAUUUGAAUUGAACUACGUCUACGUUUAUAAAUAAUAUUAUACAAUUAAUAGAGAAAGAAUAAUAGUGGACAGACUUUAUACAUAUAUUACAUCAUAUAUUUCUUUUUCAGUAACAUAUAAAUAUUGUACAAUAUAUUAUUCACACAAUGGAAAGUGGACAGGCAUUCAAAAUGCCAUCAACUGUAUCUGAGUACAAGGAAGCUAUUGAAGAAACAAUUCGUAAGAUGAUGGAUCACGUUAAAAACAGGGGCAAAAACUACCAAUGGAACUUAGAAGAUUUUGAAAUUGGAGCACCUCUAGGAAGAGGAAAAUUCGGUCGUGUGUAUCUAGCUAGAGAGAAGACUACUCAUUAUAUGGUUGCCUUAAAAACAUUGUACAAAGUUGAAUUGGUAAAAGGACGUGUGGAGAAGCAAGUAAUGCGAGAAAUCGAAAUACAAACACAUUUAAGACAUCCACAUAUCCUUCAAUUAUUAACGUAUUUUCAUGAUGCUAAAAGAAUCUAUUUAGUUUUGGAAUUUGCCGCAGGAGGUGAAUUAUAUAAGGAGUUAAAACGUCAGCCAGAUGAGAAAUUUAAUGAGCACUUGUCUGCUAAAUAUACUUAUCAAGUGGCCGAUGCUUUGGAAUAUUGUCACAAAAACAAUGUGAUUCAUAGGGACAUAAAGCCUGAAAAUUUAUUGCUCACAUAUGAUGGUGAUAUAAAACUCGCAGACUUUGGAUGGUCUGUGCAUGCACCAUCCUCAAAACGGAACACAUUGUGUGGAACCUUAGAUUAUCUGCCACCAGAAAUGGUGAUGGGACAGACCUAUGAUAUCUAUGUUGAUCAUUGGUGUUUGGGAAUUCUCUGUUAUGAAUUCCUUACAGGACAGCCACCUUUUUUAAGUGGUUCUACGCAAGAAACAUAUGCCAAAAUAAAAACUAUUCAUAUAAAAUGGCCAGUUGAAAUUAAACCUGGAGCCAAAGACCUUAUAUCUAAGCUAAUCAAAAAAAGAAGCACGGAGCGAAUUUCUAUGGCUGAAGUUAAAAGACAUCCCUGGAUUAUAGAACACAAAGAUUCACCUAAACAGAAAGCUUGAAUUAAAAGAGAGAAAAGGUUUUUCUUCAUUGGUAUUAUUAAACAUAUAUAUAUAUUUUGUAUUUGAUUACUUUUCUGCUUUAUAGUUAGAUGCGACAUCAAAAAUAUAUUUAUAUAUCUAAGGACUAAAGAAUCAAAAAUAUCAAUAAGUAUCAACAUUUGUUUUUUUAUAGCGUGUUCUUUCAUAUCAUGUAAUAUUUAGAAUUAUGAAUAUUUCCAUGUUUUAAUUUUUUGUAACUUUUAAAACACUCUGGAUUUGUAUUCAUCUCUUUAGACAAAAUAUUAUCAUAUAUAAUAAUAUUCAUUUUACAAAUUUGACCAACUAUUUUGAUUGAAGUUGAUAUAAUUUAAUGU